AUGAGCGAAAUAGUAAAACAGUGGAUUCAAGACAAACUAGGAAUAAUCGUAAACUUAAGACCCGAGACAUUUUGCGAGAUUACAAAAGAUGGCUUUCUUCUUAGUAAAAUUCUUAGAGCUUACGAAAUCAUCAAUGACGAUCAAUUGAAACAAAUACGUCCAAGUGAUACCAAAGAAAUUUGUUAUCAGAAUUAUGAACAUAUUGUUGGUUGGUUAAAAAUGUUAAAUAUUAACGUAAAACAAGCAGAAAUAGAAGAUGUAGUCGAGAGUCGUGGAUUGACAUCACUUAGUCUCUUUUAUAAAUUGUUUUUAGAACUGAACGAAAAAGAUUGUCUUACUUUUAUUGCACACAACAAAUUGAACCAAAAGUUGCAUCCUUGCACUCCGAAAUUUCCAGUGAUUAAUGUAAAAGAGAACCCAUAUGAUAAGCUUAAAGCUAUGGAUAACAAAUACAAGGAAUACAUAGAACAUUCUUACGACGUGAUUCAUUGGCUUCAAGACAGAUUCGAAAUGGUAAUCAGCAGAUGUAAAAGUGCUAGAGACGAAUAUAGAUGCUUAGCAGGAAAUUCUAAAAGAAAAGUAUCCAACGAAUUCCAUUUUCCAUUAACCACUAUUUCAUGCGAACCCACAAUAGAAAACAUUUCCGAAAGAACUCUAAACUUAACUUAUGAUGAAUUAGAAGAAGAGAGUCGAAAAUGUAGAUUAAAAACAUUUCAGCCGAAUCCUAUAGAAGCUCAAAUAGUCUUGGAUAGAAUAAAGGAUAAAUUAAAACGAAAAGCCGAAAAUGAAAUAUUCAGAAAAGAGUUGGAAAAGUGCGUACGACAAACGCUAUGGGGAAGAAUAAUGAAUCAAGAAAAAGAAGAUUUUUACAAAGAAAUUACCGAGAAAAUAACGAAGCAGACUAUUUACGAAAAACAAAUGUUGCAAAAAAUGCAAGAAGUCAAAAAACAAAAAAAUCAAAUGUUGAAAGCCAAAAAAAUUGUAACGGAUCAAAUAGAAAAAGAAAACGAAAAUAUAAUAGAAGAAAAACUUAUAGAAAAAGAAGAUUCAUUAGAUUCGAAGAAAUUACAAUAUUAUUUGGAGAAAGAUCGAGCUUUAGAAUUGCAUAGAGUACUUUUCGCAGAAGCUCAAAAAUUAAAGGAAGAGAGAAGACAAAAAGUAUGCAAUGACACUGUGAAAGGUAUUAGAGACGCAGCAAUAAAACAUUCCGAAUACAAAGAAUUAUUCAACGAACCUCCUCCACAAUAUUUGAUAGACACGUGGUAUAAAAAAGUUAUAUUAGGACAAGAUUUAUUUGCAGCAAACGUUUCCCCAAAAGAAUUAAUUAGAAGUGAUUCUCAACUUCCGGUAACCACUAUUCAAAACGAGAUUAGUAUGCAAAAUCAAUUAGACGCAAAAUAUUUUGAGAGUUAUUUGAAUUUCGAAUGGCCUUGGUUAUUAGAUAAUAUCGAAGCUAAUGAAAAAUUGGUUUAUGAUAUGAAAUGUGGUAUGAAUGUACUUGGACACAAAGUGCAUCUUCUUUUAUACGAAAGAUAUCCUUUAGCUCCACUACCACCACCUCCUAUCUCAUCAAAUAUAGGUAUAAAAGUAUGCGUUACUGGUGUACCAGACCUAGCUUGCUUGCCUUUAUUAGCGAAACUUUUGUCGUAUAAAAAAAUCCUUGUGGUGGAAAUUCAAGACGCUUUAAAUUAUUGUACAGACGCUUUUAAGGUAGAAUCAUCUGCGGAGGUUGAAGAUGAUAGCAAAAACGACGAGGACGAGCAGGAAUUGAAGAAGGAAAAGAAACAGAAGCCGAGUAAAGGAAAAAAACGUCCUAAAAAUAAAUCUAAAAUGGAAUUUCCAACCUACACUUCACCGAUAGAACAUGCUGAUAAACGAGUUCAAACUCCAAAAUUUUAUCCUUGCGAAAAAAUCAUUUUGUCUCCACAGGCAGAACUUGGUAAAAUAGUGAUAGAAGAAUUAACGAACGGACAUGCCUUAACAGAUUAUCUAUUGGUAUCCAUGUUUGUAGAAUAUAUAAGAUCUAAACCGGAUAUAGAAGGAUGGGUACUUAUAAACUAUCCGACGAAUUUCGAUCAGGCUAUUCUUCUCGAAGAAGCACUUUCUGGAAUUUCCGUACCUGGUGUAACACCAUCUAACAAAAUUUGUAAAAGUCUAUUUGAUAUUGUGGGAAGUUUUACUGAGGUAGAUCUAUCGGUAACAGAAAUAGAUGAACGUAGAUAUUCCAAAUUGGUAAUUGAUCCUACUGAUCCCGUUGAGCCGCCUUCAUACGAUACAGUGCUUACAGCUUUUAUACAAGUCUGUCCAGACGAGGAGAUUCUCGAAAACAUCCAGCAACCUAGCGAUGUUGUUUUACCUGAAGGGGACGAUUCCGAAAUGAUAAGUAAAUUUUAUUCCGAUAUGGGGUGCCUUUACUCCUUAUACUACAAGUCUUUUGACUAUUCUACAAUCAAACAGUUGGGAAAAUUGAUAAUCGGAGAUUUCAGUAUACCCCCCAAAUCAUCUAUCGAACUUUUUGGCGAAGGGAUCCGUUGUAUUGAAGCAGAAAAAAUAGUUGAUUACAAAACUUCGAAGAUUGUAUUAGCGGGUGAUAAAGUGGAAAGAGAAAGAAUUGAGAAAGUAGUGAAAAAACCUGAUAUUGCAGGAGCUGGUGCGGAAUCCGAUGUUGAAGAUAAAAGUAAAAAAGGGAAGAAAAGUAAGAAGGAUAAAUCGGCCGGGAAAGACAAAAAAGGAAAGAAAGGUGUUACAAUUGUCUUUGAAGACAAAACAACUCAAAUCCCAGAAGUUAAAAUCGUAGAAAUAGAGAAAGAGGAAGAAGAAAUCGAGAACCCAGCGAAACCCGGUGAACCUGGUUGGAGAUACUUGAAAUUGAAAUUGUCCGAAAAAAUCGGAAAUAUACUAACAGAUUUAUGGACGGCUUUAGAAGAAGUAUUUAUCAACGAUAUGACUCAAGUGUUGUUUAUGAAAAAAAACGUAUUGGACUUAUUAAUGCCUUACAUUAAAUACGUUCAAGAAAUUAUGAAUAAACACAUUAUCAAACCGGACGAUAGGCAAAUAUAUUUAGUAAAGUUUCAAGAGAAUUUCAAUAAAUUUGAUUACGAUUUUCGUCGAGACAACGAAUUUAAAGCGGAGUUACAUUGCUUAAUAAACGAAAUCAGAAAUAAAUUGUUCGACUUGUGUGACAAAAAAUUGAUAGCAGGAGAACAAGAAAGACACUCUUUGAUUUAUCAAAGCUGGAUACCAAGGCAGCUGAUAGAAUUGGUGAAUAAUUAUAUCAGUGGCUUUCAACUGGAACUAGACAGACACAUGGAUUCUCUGAUAUUUAUAAACGACUACUUCACUGGUUUGAUUACGCAGGUCCCUAGUGAAGAAGUUAUGUCUAGAGAAAAUCUAGUUAAAUUUGAAUUAGAGAACCAAUCUAUACAUAAAAUUGUUAACGAUUUCUUACUAGAAACCACUAAUGAAAACUUAAGCAGAACAUUACAGCUCCUAAAAGAUACAUUAAGAAUAAUAUAUCAAACUGCUGUAACGUAUGCACAAAAAAGAGAUAAUAUUGCGUUUGCUUAUUUUGAUAAAGUGAAAUUAUUAUUUUGUCCCGAGAAUACGAAGGGAAAAGGAAAGCCAAAAGCAAAGAAGAAUAAGAAAGGAGCUAAAACUUUAUUGACAGCUUUCGAACCAAGCGAAAUUGUGAAACGAAAUCAAGACAUUAUUUUUGACGAAUGGUUGUGCGCCUUAAAAGGCGAAGUAGCCCGAGCCGAGAUUUAUUUUCAAUUGUUACAACACGAUAUGUUUGAGAAUGUCGAAUUAAUAAUUAAGACCGCAAAACGUGUAUAUCUUAAACUGUUUGAAGAAAUUCGAUUUCGAUAUGAGAAAGAAAUGAAAUGUAUCAAAACGGCUUGUUAUAUUUUCUCAGCUGCUGUAGAAAAAGAGGUUCCAAUACAAGAGGAACUCAUUUUCAAAGACGAUGAGCUACUGAUAAACGCCGAAAAAAUCUGGUUCGAGCCGCCUCCUCCUAAAAAAAUUGAACCGUUACCACCGGAUUUCAUUUUUACAAGCACACAACUUCAAAGUCUUAUUGAAAUUUUCCACGAUUUAGCCGUAGAUGGUUUCAUCCCUAACAUGCUAUUCACCUUUGUCCUUCAAGAUGUCGUGGUUACGGACGAAAUAAAUAUUGUUCCACCGCAGUGGAGAAAGCUAAGCGGGCGAAACGUUACAGAAUUUUCCAGAAGAUUGUUCAACAAUCAGAAAUAUAUCCAUUGGAAGGAUUUCAUCAUUUACAAUUUACCGGUGAAGAUUCCAAGUUCCGAAGAUAUUAUAAGUUUGAGGAACCAGUUUUUGAUAUUCGAUCCUAACCAUACCGAAUUAAUCGACAGAGAUUGUUUCAAAAACAUACGGUUUUGGUUUGAAGACGAAUUUGAUGAUUCAAAUGAGUUGAACAAAAUAAAAAAUUUAUUAUUCGAUCUGUACCGAAUUAAUCAACAGAUAUGUAAUUAUACGGCGAUGUUACUGGACUUUUGUAAAGGAGAAUGUACACAAGAAGGUAUAGCGAAAGCUUUAGCACUGAUAAAUGGUAGAUCAGUAUGCUGGAAUAAAGAUAUUGGCAAAUUGUUUAUCAAAGAAACUUUGAUCAAGAGGAAAGUACACGAAAAAGAAGUGGAAUUGAGAGAAGAAGAAAUAAAAGCUAAUAAGGAAUUUGUCGGAACUAUUUUGGACGAUAUCAUUGACACAACAGUCCAUGUUUGUGACAGUGUAGUAAUCACAGAACUAGAAAAUAGUAUCGAAAAUAUACAAGAAGAAAACGAAAAAGAAGAAUCAGAUAUAGGCAUAAAAGAAGAAGAAAUUACUAAUGAUAAUGAAGUAACAGAUAUAUUGAUUACUGUCAAAAGUAAAGAACUGCAUUCACCAACGAAAGAAACUCUGAAUACCGAGAAAGAAGAUUCAAAAAAUUCAGUCGAAGAAAAAGUAAUAGAACCAAAUUCACAGAUAAUAGAUGUGUCGGAUAGCGCCGGAAAAGAAACAUCAUCUGAAGCGAGUGAUAUUUUACCGAAAUUUUCUAAUAUUGCUAUAGGCUUCGAGCCCCUGACGUAUCCUCCUUUGAUAUAUUUUUUAUUGUUUGAAGACAUUGCCACUGUGUUGAUUAAAAGUUUAGCUGAUGUUCUCACUUCCGAUGACAAACAAUUUUUUGAUAUUGUUUGCGAUAUUUAUUUGCAUUGUAGAAAUCGUCUAUUUAACAAAGAAGUGCUCUGCCACGAAUUUUUGAAUAAUAAACAAUUUUUGAAGCUAAUGGAAGGUAAAACAAAAUUUAUAGCUCAAGUACCUGGUCGCAUUGUGGAAGAUAUGCUACUAGAAUUGGGAAUAAAUUCAGUGUGA